GCCGAUUCUAGAGAGUUCCAUCCUUCCUCCUUGAAUCUUCUUCAUGAGCCUUGAAUCCACUCUUACUUUCCCUCUUGAUCGCAGAGUGCUUUCUUUAAAACCUUUUUAAAAAAUAACACUUUUGACCUUAAAUGUAAAGGACUGAAGACCAGCCAUUGUUUCUUUGUGGUACUCUUCAUCUCUUGGCAGUCUUUUUCACUUCCCAACACUGUGGAUGAGUGUUGCAUAAAUCUUUCUCCUCCUGGACUGAAUUUAUCACCCGGCCUAUUCUCUGUCCUCUGAGAAUAGCCAUCAACAUCAUCAUUAAGAACUGACAAGUACUGUUAACCUUAGGCCUCCCAACCACUGAAGACGGGGGACAACAUCUGUCCGCCAUCUUUUGUCAGUGCUGCCAAGUAUUAUGGAAACACACAGAGAAAUAGUUCAGGAUGGCUCUCAAUGUUCCGGGUCUGGUGGUGAUGGCGGGAUUCUACCUGGUUAUCUUGGGCACGGGCAUCUGGGCAUCUAUGCGCUCCAAGAAGGAGGAGAAGAAAUGCACAGGGGAUGGCAUGGAGAUAACACUACUGGCUGGACGCAACAUCAACUUGCUAGUUGGCAUCUUCACUCUUACUGCUACAUGGGUGGGUGGAGGCUUCAUCCUCGGUAUUGCUGAGGCAACAUACAACCCAACGCUUGGCGCAGUGUGGGCUCUCAUGCCUGUGCCUUACGUCCUAACCUUCUUCUUAGGUGGUUUUUUCUUUGCCAAGCCAAUGAGAGAGAACAAGUAUGUGACAAUGAUGGACCCCUUUCAACAGAAGUAUGGGAACAUUCUCAGCAGUGCGCUGAUCUUUCCGGCACUGGUUGCUGAUGUUCUGUGGGUGGCACGCACACUUGUUAGCCUGGGUGGAACUAUGAGUGUGAUCCUGGACCUGUCCUACGUCUACUCCAUCAUCAUCUCCUCAGUGGUGGCUAUAAUCUACACACUGCUGGGGGGGCUCUACUCUGUGGCCUACACAGAUGUCAUCCAGCUCAUUCUCAUCUUUGUCAGUCUGUGGGUGUGUGUUCCUUUCCUGUUGACCAACCCUCACUCUGUGGAUAUCUCACUGACGGCCUACAACCAGACCUUCCAGGCUCCUUGGGUCGGCACGGUGGAGCUCGAAGAUGCUGGCAAGUGGUUUGACGACUUCAUGCUGCUGGCUCUGGGUGGUUUGGCCUACCAGGCGUUCUACCAAAGAAUCCUUUCAGCCUCAUCCUACACCCAGGCUCAAGUGACCUGCUUCGCUUCUUCAGCCUUCUGCCUGGUGCUCGGUAUUCCCUCUGUGCUGGUCGGCGCUGUGGCAGCCUCUACAGACUGGAACUCAACCAGCUAUGGAUUGCCCACCCCAUAUGAACGUGACCAGGCAGGCUCCAUCCUCCCCAUUGCCCUGCAGUACCUCACACCCCCUUAUGUCUCUGUCAUUGGCAUUGGAGCUGUAGCUGCUGCUGUCAUGUCCUCCAUGGACUCUGCUCUUCUGUCCUCUGCCUCAUUGUUUUCCUCAAAUAUCUACAAGAACAUUAUCAGGAAGCAGGCGUCAGACCGUGAGAUGCAGUGGGUGAUCCGUAUCUCAGUGGUAGUAGUGGGUCUGUCUGGCACUGCGCUCACCUUCCUGGACAGCAGCGUCCUGGUCUUCUGGCUCGUAGGCGUGGACAUGUCCUACACAAUUAUGUUCCCUCAGCUGGUCUGCAUCCUCUUCUUCAAGGUGUCCAAUGGCUAUGGAGCCACCGUGGGCUACAUGAUGGGAAUCAUCAUGAGGGUCCUGAGCGGUGAGCCACUCAUCGGCCUCCCGCCUGCCAUUAAGUUCCCUGGCUGCCGGCUGGACAAAGAGGGAAAGCUAACCCAGUUCUUCCCCUUUCGCACUGCUAUUAUGGUCAUCUCACUCCUAUCCAUUCUGCUCUUCUCCUGGCUCACAUCCAUCAUCUUCAACAAGGGUCUCCUGUCUGAGAGGUGGGAUGUGUUCAAAAUCAAACGCAGGCAGACAUCCACAGCCCGUCCCCUGGACAACAGGAGGACCAGCUCUGAUAAUGAAGAUGGCUCCACAGCUAAACAGCUGCUGGACACCACCAGCUGCUGAAGAGGCUCACUGAGACAGAGAGAAGACAGGCACUAGCGGGAGGCAGACAUGUUUGUCUGUAAAGCAGGAUUUCACACAGGGGGAACAAUGGCAAAGGCUGGAUAUCAUGUACAGAUCCUGUUCGGUAUCACACUGAGUUUGUGGCAAUGGCAUUUACGUUAUCUCUGAGCUCUCUGGCACUCUACUUCAUCAGCUGUCUCAUUGUCUUCCAGAGAGAAUACUGGAAAAGAAAAAUUUCCUUGGCUUGGUUACAUUAGCAAAAACAAGCCAUUAGCCAGCAUAGCAUAUAGUGAAAGAUGUUUACAUACAUAAAGGCCCAGAAUAAAAUGUUUUAUAUUCUCAUGAAUCACUGAAAUGGAAGCUUCCUACACAAAGAACUCAGAGACAACUUCAGCCAUCAAGCCAAGCCGUUAAAUAAUAAAUCUUUUACACUAAUAUUUUUUCCAGAUUUUGAGGAAUUGAGAAUACCACCUUGAGGUUCUUUUUUGAAAGUCCUGAAUUCAGCUUUAUAGCAAAAAGACAUUUGCACAAGAAAUGGACUUCAUUCCAAAAAAAAUAUCAAUGAAAAAAGAAUGAUGAUAAAAUAGUUUAUAAUUCAUAUAAAGAAAAGUUCAGAUUAUUAAUGAAUUUUGCUUCUUGCAAGAGAGAAUGCAUCAGGUAGCAUCACAUAUCAGAAAACCAGGAGUACAAGAAGCCAUGUGCUUCAUCCUUUACUGAGUAAUUAUUAAUCAGCUCAGCUCGGGUGUGUCUCAUGAUGCUGUACUGCACAGUGAGUUUACCAAUCUCCUCUCUCAGUGUGAACCUCUGUUGAUGAUUUGCAGCUAUGUGCAGCAUGACGGGGCUCUCUCUUUCACAUCUAGAACAAAGAAAUGCUUCUUAAAGAACGAGUGCACGUUCUGCGCUGUUCCACUAUAUAUUUGUGAAAGACAUUUUAUCAUUUGACAGUUUGUAUGACUGUGAUGAGAUCUCUUCCUUUCUCUAUUCUACCUGCUGCCUCAAUCUUUGCUAUACAGCAACUGUAACAGAUGGCUUGCAAGUUAAGACUAGAUAAUCAUUUCUUAACUCCUAAAUUAUUACUUAUACUCAAAAUCAUUGCUUAAACAUUGUGAUUUUUGUUUUAAAAUGAAAGACUGUGCAGUUCUGUCUCCAAACUGUUUAACUGUGUAUAAUUAUAACUUUCUGUUUCGCAGCACUUCACAUAUCUAAGAUGUGAAGAUUUAUAGUUGCACUUGCAUUUUCACAUAGUAUGUUCAUACUGCUGAGUAGAUCAGCAGCAAGACUUUGUCUUUAAUCACACUUUGACAAAAUUUGAAAUCAACAGGCUAAGAAUGACAGAAGGGUUGAAUGCAGUGCUGGUGGUUUUGAUGUGCAUGCAAUAUUGAAAAUCAUUGAAAAUAAAAGUACAAGCAUUAAUUCACUCAAUAGUUUUGUCCUAAUGACCAUUUUAAAUGAUCUGUUUGAUCUCGAAAGCAGCAGGGAGAAACAAAAGUGCAGCAUGCUACAGUUACUGUAAGCCCAUUCCCCUUAUUGACAAUUUACUCACAUUAUAACUAACUGAAUGUAGCAGUUUUCUACAUCAGUUCGUCCAUCAGUGUGAGAUUGUGCCUUUCAGUUUGUCAGUGAUUUGUACUCUUUGGUUUUGUUUUGUUAAAUACUGUUUGCAAAGCUGUAAUUUAUAGUGGGAUCAUUUGGUGAAAAUGUCUGCAGCUACGAUUCUGAGAACUUGCAUUUAAGUUUCACAACUUAAAAUUUUACUGUCUUUGAAUAAUUAGAUUUAUUUAGAGGGGUGACUUUUCAAUAACCUUCAUUGUUUUAAUGUAUGUUUUUUUGUACUGAGUCUACAUAGCAGUUUGUUGUGCAAAGAGAUUUCUGCUCACGAGCGAUAGUCAGAAAGGCUCCUUCUACCUUACUGUUACCUUUAAUAUCACUGGAAACUGGUUUCACUAUGCUGUCAAGGGUUAUCUGUUGGUCAUUGUAAAAUGGGUGAAUACUGUUCAAAUACCUCAUGUAUUGGUAAUACUGACUUUAAGUAUACAAAACUAUAACUUAGAAUUCUGACUUCCAUCUCAAGCAUACUAUAUGACUAUCAUUUUCCAAAGAGAAAUCGGACAGAACAAACACUGUUUGAAAACAGGACACAGCCAGGCGCAAUGCAACCAUCUUUUUAUAUAGUAAUUGUGAUUUCUACCUGUAUUAUACUCUUGUACUGUACAGUGUAAUCAUGAUUUGUAUAUUUACACUUUUUUAUUUUUUAAUGAAAUUCAAUGCUUUCAAAGAGUUUUAGAAGAAACAUGCAAAUGCGUAUUUUUAAAUUAGUAAUGUUUAAAGUAGCAUGAGUUCACUUUCAGUUUUGCAGGACAUUAAAUAUAAUUUCACAUCCACACAAUCAAAUCACUGUUCACUCGUGUCAGCAGUGACUCUGAAUGGUUGUGUGUUGUACACAUGACAGGUAAAACAUACUGGUGAGUGAAAGUAACAGCCAUGUAGAAUAAAAACUUCACACGAUUCGAAGGAAGAAACCUUAGCUUAGCAAGCCGUCCUUAGCAAGCCGUCCACCAUAUAAUAAAAGAUGGCAACGCCGUAAUUUUGUCAUGUGCAUUUUUGUCAGUUGAGGAGAACUGUUUUAUUUUCCAUGUUGGAUUAGUCAAACACCAUCUACAAUAGUACUGGACAGUUUUUGUAUUGUACUUUCCCCUAAUAUGUAUUUGGUUUUAUACUAUUAUGCAUGAUGAUUGUCAUAAACUGUUUGUAUACUGAACUUUUGUGAAGGCUGUUGUCUCUUGCCACUUGGCAAGGCCCUACUUUGUAUUCGAUUAAUGUAAAUCCCCAUGGGGUGAUGUUCUGUCAGAAUAAAGGCUGAAACCAAAUUA